CUUGCUUCGUCGCCCCUGUUUCAUCAUUCAUCGUCUCUGAGAGACCGACCGUUUUCUCUUCCAUAUCCCUUUUCUCUUUCUUCUUUUUGUUUAAUUCCAUUUUUUCCCCUUGUUUUUUUAUGGUUUUCCCCUUGUUUUUUUUGUUCUUCCCUUCCCUCGGUUAUAUCUCAAGGAGAAGCCUGCUAAUUUUUGUACAGAUUUAUUCAGGUUAGUUGUUUAUAGUUCAAUAUCUGGAGAGAUAGGAAGAUGAAUCACUUGGCUAUUCAGCAGAAAAGUUUUGCUGCCACUUACAGAUCUAUGGAGAAAAAAGAACACGUGGUUUGCCCUAAGCCACGAAGGCUCGCUUUGCUUCAUGCUACCCUAACCGAACCUUCCCAAGUCAGACCCCUGCACUGCCACUCGAGCCUUCACCAAGAAGUUUUUGAUGCAAAAGCUGGAAAUGAACUCCUGGACAUCAUCCUAACAAAGGGCUCUAAUACUAAUUGUGAUUCGAGUCAACCGGCCGAACCAAUAGCCUCGUCACCCCCAUUUUUUUGCGGGUCCCCUCCAAGCAGAGUAUCUAAUAACCCACUAAUUCAAGACUCCCAAUUUGGGAACACGAAAUUCACCAUGGGCCCACCACGCACGAUCCCCACCCCUUUGGGCCCGGCCCACUUCCCUUCAUCCUCAGCCUGCAAGCCCGGAAAUUAUUCCGGUGCAAAUUUUGGCAAUAACCCGGUUUUCAGAGUUGAGGGCUUCGAAUGUCUCGACCGCGACAGGAUCGUGUGUUUUGUCUAGUUGUGCAUAUAUUUAUAUUUUAAUUGAGGUUUUAAUGAGAGUUCUCAAAUUUUCUUUGAGUUAGUAAGUUGUAACUAAAGGGAGAAAAAAAUGAGCCUGUUGUGUAGUUAAAUUGAGAGGUUUCAAGUUUUGUGGACUGAGGAAUAGUUAUUAUCAUCUCUUCUCUCUUUGAAAUGGUGUAAUGUAAUUGAGAGAGUUGAGAAGAGUUUGGGGGUUCUGUUCUGUAAUUUAUGUAAGUUUUUGGGGUUGGUUUUGAGAUUUUGGUGGUCUUUGCUUUGAAAGGAAAAUUUGUACAGAAGGAAUUUAACCAUCACACAUAUAAUAGCAUUAUGUUUCUACAAUUCUUACUUUAUUU